AAUCUGUUGUCUCUGGGAUUGGGAAAUAUUUUGGAUACUGCAACUUCCUCCGACCUUCGAUCAGCGUUCUAAUUAGACACGAGCAAAAGAGAGAAGAAGAAGAAGAAAGCCGACAUCGUGGCAGUUCACCCGAAGCCGCCAUACUAGGCCGGCCACUCGUUCAUCUCUUUGGAAAACGCCCGCCUUGACGGUGCAGACACUCGUUAACUCACAACAAGCACAUCAUGGGCGCCCUGUCAAUACUGAGCGGCGUGCUCGCGCUGCUGCCUAUCAUCUGCUCUCUCGCAGUCUUGAUCGGUCUCGACGUUGGCCGUGGUCCCUCGUCGCCGCCACUGUUCAGUCCUGAGCAGCCGAAAGGUCCUGAUGGCAAACCACUGGGUAAUGGCAUCAAGCACAAGUCAUACUGCGACGAGACGAUUGGUAUCUCGCCGCCUGCGGUGGGCGAUCACUACACGCUCAACCCGAAUCCAUGGAAUUGGAAAGAGGGCGACGAUGGCAGUCUCUGCCUCAAUGUCACGACGUUCAACAACCAGACGUAUCCAACCGAUUCCUCCGCGCCCGAAUUCUCCGUCACAUGGCAGUACCCUCCAGGGCCGCCGUCUUCGCCUGUGUACGCUUACCCCAACAUCAAGGUCGACUCUGGUGUCUUUCCCAAUCAAAUUAAGAAAAUUGACGAGAUGAUGCUCGACUUUGAGUGGACGUAUGGCGUGGGCAACCUGACGGUUGAGACCACGGACAAAAAGGCACUCAACGCCAGCAACGUCAACGCCAACGUCGCGCUCGAUUUGUUUUUGGACCAGGACAAGAAGAAGGCGCAGAUCAGCGAGGAUGCUAGUAUCGAAAUCAUGGUGUGGUUCGCGGCGUUUGGGCCCGCGACGCAGCCCAUCGGUCAGUCAGACGGCUCACUGGAUGAGCAGGAGCUUGACGGUACCAAAUUCAAGCUGUACUCUGGAAGAAACGGCGCCGACCAGUUCGUCCUGACCUGGUAUGCUGAGAACCCCGCCUCCAAGUUCCACGGCGACCUCAUGCCACUCGUCGACCGCCUCGUCGAAAUGGGCGACACCAACUUUCCCACCAAGUCCGACUACAUCGGUUACAUGGCUGUGGGAACCGAGACGUACUUCUCCGACGACUAUGUCACAUUCCACGUGCCCCAACUCGCGAUCGACGUUCACUUGAAGGGUUAAAUGCUGCAGCACCAUGCACAAAGCAAUAAGAAUGCGGUCACAUUGCACACGCGCACACACAUACAUGUGUUGCGCAC